UCAGCAAAUGUCAAUUGUCACUUGUAUGUUAAAUAUAUUUCAUGUUUACAUACUUAUUUUUUAUUAAUUUUUAUAAAGAAAUGUUGGUUUUAUUUCAUUUGGGGCCCGACAGUUAAGACUCGGCUUGUAGCAUUUACCAAAAACUUAAAAGAUAAAUCCGGAAACCUACUUCUAAUAAUCCAAAGGUUGACAAAAAACUUUCAAGGUUAAGAAUUUUACGAUUAAAAACUAUGGAAAACUCUUGUGACAAUACUCGGCCUCAGGUGGCCCUCCUUAAAAUUAAAAAAAAAACUUAUAGAAUCUAUGAAGGCGUUAAUACGAUUGGCUGCCAUACUAAUGCUGUGGUCUCGAUUAAUGAUGAGGUACAGAACGUCGAUAUACAUCAUGCCGUAAUUGUGGCUAAAGAGGGUGAAAACUUUAUAAGUGACUUAAAUUCGAGUGGACAAACUUUUGUUGAUGGCACCCAAUUAGUUCCAUAUAAGUUGUAUGAACUUAUUGGCGGCACUAAUAUAGGAUUCGGAGAGCUUUUGGCAACAUUUCAAUUACUGACCUCCCACUCAGAAGAAGAAGAACCUUUAAAUAUCCAUGAAGCACCCACCCAAAUAAUAGAACAUUUCGGAGAAGACAUUCACGAUGCCACCACCCAAGUAGUUAAUUGGGAACAAGUUUCAACCACUCACCCUAUACCACCUCCACCACUCUUCAAUUCUUCAGCAGUGUUAGAUCAGGAGGAUAAUGAACCAAAUUUAAUUGAGAAUGUUAUCUUUGAAGAACCAAACCAAGGUGUAGAUGCAGACAUCACUUGUGACGAACUGCUUGAGAGUUCACGUCAUAAAUUGGAUUGUGAAACUGGGAACAGUGACGAGUCUCUGGAACUGUUAAAUUAUGAUAUGGCAUCGUCAAGUAUUGAUACUAGUAAGAGGAACGUUGACAGUCCAGAGAAGAAAUCUGUGUGUGCGGCAACCAGAACUGAAAAUGCCGAUUCCGGCUCAGAUACUGAAGAGGAACUGGAAGCGAUGCUCAACGAAGGUUCUGAUACAGACGCAGAGGUACAAGGGUUAACAAAAGUAACCACCGUAACUGCAGAAGACAGUUUUCAAAGACCCUCGAUAUCAUUCAUUGAUAAAAGCAUCCCGGCCACACAAUAUGCGGGCGACGAUUUAUUGGAUGAUAGUGAUAUUGUGCCUGGCACUCAGGUCCAUUCAGUAAAACCCCAAGAAUCUCAGGAGAAUGACAACAAUUGCACCGAGGGUAGUUUCAAGUUGGGCUUGACUCAGAUGAUUGACGAGGAGGAUAUUUAUGAGGUGGCCACUCAGAGGGUCGGACCUCAGUUAAAUCAAUCCAUACGUACAGGUGACGGCACCUUUUUUGCUCCAACUCAAAAAGUCUUCACUGGGGAAGUUAAACUAAGUUGCUUAAGUGUUAUAGAGGAGCAAGAUAUUGCACAGAUGGACGAUUCUGACAUAUUGGAUGCAACUAUUUCUCCUAGGGCCUCUUGCAGCAAAACGCUGGAAUCAGUUAGGAAGUAUAUGAGAAGGAGUCAGUCUAAAUCGGAAAAUCAAAGCCAAAACAGUGUAGCAGUAAAUGAGGAGUCUAGAAAAGACGAAGGCAUAAUAGAAGAAGAUUUUCAAAGUGAAAAGCAUGAAGAUGUUGAUGAGGCAUCAGUUAAAAUGGCCGAAGUGACUCAGAUUGUUGAAAUUGUAUUAAAAAACGCCCUGGAAAAGGGUCCUAAUGUGGUUGAUUUCAGACCAGAAGCUGAUGGCCGAGAGGUUCCAGAAAAUAAUGAUAAAUUAAUGGAAUCCAAUCAAGGUCAUGACAAACUAGAUGUAGAAAGCCCUGAAAAGGCAGAAAACUUUCCAGAAAAAGUUGAUGAGGUCUUACAGGAAACUGCAAAGAGUGAGAAGGAGCAUUUACCAGCAGCUGAAGAAAGCACAGAAUCAACUACUGAUCAAGAAAAACCUAAAAGGUUUAUAUGGAAAAAAAGGGGGCAGCAAGAACCUUCUGUAAAACCUCUGCCUCUUCAUGAAACAGACAAUCUAGAUAAACAUAUUGACAUUGAAAAAAGGGAAAUUGAUUCAGUUGAUCAAGAACUAAAAGAUGGCGCCAUAAUAGUUGAAGAUAUUCAGGAAGGAUGUGAAGUAAUAGAGAAGCCUACGUCAAGGCGCAGAGGUAGGAUAAAGUCAGAUAAAGAAGAUAAUAGGCAAAAAACCUUUAAGACGACUACUAGGGGAAAAAAACGUGGACAAGCUGGGUCGAGUGAUGAUCUAAUUAAGACUGAUAAUCCAGGUGAAAUAAAUUCUUGUGAUGUGGCUGAUAAGGGCACACGAAGUUGUAAAAAGAUUAAAGGGGAAAUCGUUAAUUCAGAGAAACCUGGUGAGAUAAUUGUUAUGCCUGCAAAAUCUGCUGAUUUAGACAAGGAUAAUGCAGGCCUUGGGCAAAGAGAGACAGAUGGUAUUGAACCAGAUUCUGAGGCAUCAGAAAAAGAUGAGGAUAACAAGAAAGAAAUUAUACAGAAAUCUUUUGAAUUAAAUGAAAAAGUCAAAGAGGUUAUUGAUUUACCAUUAAAGUUAAAUGAAGUGGCUGUUGCUGAAGAACCGGAGGCAUUCAGAGAGGAAGAAGUUGAAGAAAUGCCCACUUCAAAGAGGAAGUCUACCGAUUCUGUUACACUUCAGGAAUCUCUAUUUGAUUCCAAAGAAGUGAUUCAGGAAAACGUGCCUGAAAUGAUGGAAAAACCAGUGUCUAGACCCAGAAGCAGGAUGAAGUCUAUUGAAUCUAAUGAAAAAACUGGAGAGGUUUCAGGAAAUAGUGGCUUACAAGUUGAGUUUAGUGAAGGGACUCUUGCUGAAGAAUUGCCCAUGUCUAAGAAGGAAGGUGCAAAAAAGAAAAGGAGAAGAAAGUCUACUGAUUCUCUUACAAUUGAGAAACCCUCAUUUGAUUCUAAGGAAGAUGGCGCCUCUAAUAAAUCUGAUGAUAUGAUCCAGGAACAGGUGCAAGGGUCUGAAAUAAUGGAAAAACCAGUGUCUAGACUCAGAAGCAGGAGAAAGUCCACCGAAUCUAAUGAGAAAGCUGGAGAGGUUUCAGGCAGUAUUGAUUUAGAAUGUAACUUAAAUGAAGCGGUUCUUGUUGAAGAAACUGAUGCAUUAAAUGAGGAAAGGGUUGAAAAAGAGUCCCAGUCAAAGAAGAAAAAAAGAAGAAAGUCUACUGAUUCAGUUACAAUUCAGGAAACAUUACUUGAUUCUAAAGAAGAUGAUACCUCAAAUGAAUCGGAUGAUGUGAUGCAGGAAAGGGUGCCUAGACUGAGAAAUAGGAUAAAGACUAGUGAACCUAAUGAAAAAACUAGAGAGGUUUCAGGCAGUAUUGAUUUAGAAUGUAAUUUAAAUGAAGCGGUUAUUGUUGAAGAAACUGAUGCAUUAAAUGAGGAAAAAGUUAAAAAAGAGUCCAAGUCAAAGAAAGAUGGUCCAAAAAAGAAAGGGAGAACAAAGUCUACUGAUUCUGUUACAAUUGAGAAAACUUCAUUUGAUUCUAAUAAAUCUGAAGAAUUGAUGCACAAAAAGGUGCAAGGGUCUGAAAUGAUGGAAAAACCAGUGCCCAGACUCAGAAGCAGGAUAAAGUCCACUGAUUCUAAUGAGAACGCUGGAAAGGCUUCAGUCAGUACUGGUUUACAAUUUAAUUUAACUGAAGCGAGUCUUGCUGAAGAAUCUGACGCAUUAAAUGAGGAAACCAAGUCAAAAAAAGAUGGUCCAAAGAAGAAAGGGAGAAGAAAGUCUACUGAUUCAGUUACAAUUCAGGAAACAUUUGAUCCUAAGGAAGAUGAUACCUCGAAUAAACCUGAUGAAAUAACGGACCAACCAGUGUCUAGACUCAGAAGCAACAUAAAGCCUACUGACUCAGAUGCAUCUGUUGAACAACCACAAGCUCCCAAAAAAAUUCGAGGGAAAAAACCUGGAAAACUUGAAGUAUGUUUCAAUGAUGACAAAGAGAUAAUUAAGGAACGGGCAAGUGAAUUAAUGACUGACCCUACAGAGCCACUUGCACCAACAAACGGCGAUAGUAAAAAAGUCCCCAAGAAGAGCGUAAAAGUAAAAAAACCCCAAACAGUUACGAAACGUCGUUUACGAGGUCGAAGUUCCGAAUCUAGUGUGGACACAAAGCCAACACAAUCGCAGGAAGAAGAACUGGGUGAACCAGUGGAAAAACGUGUGAAAAAGGAAGUUGAGCAGAAGGAGGUGGUAAGGAAACAGGCUUUAAAGAGAGAAAGAAGAUUGAGAUUGAAUGAGUCGGACGAAGAUGCAGAUAAUGGUGAAGAUGAUGUGAAAGAGCCACGGCAAACCUCUUCAACUGAUCCCAUGAACCAUAAAAAAGUGGAACCCUUAAGACGUUCGUCAAAACGUGCCCAAAAGGGUGUUGAACCAAAAACCGUGAAAAUCAAAGAGGGAAUUAACAAUUUAGAAGCUUUCGCCUCACAUUCUAGUUUAACCUCUGCUGGUGAUAUGAGCGAGGGUUCUCUGGAUGCGUUUAAAGGAAAAAAGGUGAAAAAGGAAGCGACUGCUAUAACUGAUAGUCCACAGAGAGAGAGCUCCAGGAGGCAGAAACAUAAAGUGGUGUUCACUCUCAUGGAGAAUCCGUUGUUGGAGUCUCAAAUACGCCAGUUAGGCGGUUCCAUGGGAACCUCUAUGAACACAUGCACAGUCCUGGUCACAGAAAGUAUCAAAAGAACCCCAAAACUCCUUAGUGCCGUAGGACUGGGCAAACCGAUAUGUUCUCCCAACUGGAUUCUUGAGUCAAAAAAAGCUCACGAGUUCUUAGAUCCUUGGGAGCACAUACUGACCGAUCCGGAGGCAGAAAAAAAGUGGGAUUUCUCUUUGAAAGAAUCCCUAAAUCGCAGCAGGAACCAAAAGAUCUUAAUGGGAUAUACCUUCGUUAAUCAGUGCCAAGAUAAGGCGGAACCUUUAAAGGCGGCAAUCGAGUCGUGCGGAGGCAAAUAUUUAACCAAAACCCCAACGACGUUUGCGGAAAAUACUUUUAUAAUUUCCCCGUCUGAUAAUAAACCGAAACUCGGUAGGUUAUUGAAAAAUAAUCCGCAAAUUAAAAUUAUCGAGUCCGAGGCUGUUGUCGAUGGGGUUUUGAGGCAGGAGUUGAGGUUUCAUAGGCAUUUUUUGAACUGAGUUCGCUUAUACAGGGUGGAUUUUACUAUUGAGAAGAUUGAAACGCUCGUUGCUGGUGGGAUUUCUAGAGUUGACAAAUUUUUUUGACCAAGACAAACCUAUGGUGAUGAUAAUGUGUGCGAGGGAGAUUGAUAGGGUAGAACCAAUAUUUUUUGUACAGAAAAAAUGCAUGGGAUGCAGGCAACUUUGUAAUUUACGGACUUUUUAAAGGAAGUCCCCUUAGUGGCAAUUUUUUGACUCUAUUUUAUUUGUUAUACAUGUAUAUUUAUUGUUGAUUGUAAUAUAUUUCCUAUUUUUUACAUUAAAA